UCUCCGGCCGCGGUCACUGAGGGGCGUGGGCCGGCCCGCGGCGGCGGCGGCGGCGGCAUGAAAGUGACCGUGUGCUUCGGGAGGACCCGGGUGGUCGUGCCGUGCGGGGACGGCCACAUGAAAGUUUUCAGCCUCAUCCAGCAAGCGGUGACCCGCUACCGGAAGGCCAUCGCCAAGGAUCCAAACUACUGGAUACAAGUGCAUCGACUGGAACAUGGAGAUGGAGGAAUUCUCGAUCUCGAUGACAUCCUCUGUGAUGUGGCGGAUGAUAAAGACAGACUGGUAGCGGUGUUUGAUGAGCAGGACCCGCAUCACGGAGGUGAUGGCACCAGUGCCAGCUCCACAGGCACCCAGAGUCCGGAGAUGUUUGGCAGUGAGCUCGGCACCAACAGUGUUUCAGCCUUCCAGCCUUACCAAGCAACGAGUGAGAUCGAGGUCACCCCUUCGGUCCUCCGUGCCAAUAUGCCUCUUCACGUCCGACGAAGCAGUGACCCAGCCUUAAUUGGCCUCUCCACGUCUGUCAGUGAUAAUAACUUCUCCUCUGAAGAACCUUCACGGAAAAACCCCACGCGCUGGUCGACAACCGCUGGCUUCCUCAAACAAAACAUCGCCGGCAGCCCUGCAGCUUGUGACAGGAAGAAAGAUGAAAACUACAGAAGCCUCCCACGGGACACUAGUAACUGGUCUAACCAAUUUCAGAGAGACAAUGCUCGCUCAUCUCUGAGUGCCAGUCACCCAAUGGUGGACAAGUGGCUGGAGAAGCAAGAACAGGAUGAGGAUGGCACGGAGGAAGACAGCAGCCGUGUUGAGCCCGUGGGGCACGCCGACACUGGUGUGGAGAACGUACCCAACUUUUCUCUGGAUGAUAUGGUAAAGCUCGUACAAGUCCCCAACGAUGGAGGGCCUCUGGGAAUCCAUGUAGUGCCUUUCAGUGCUCGAGGCGGCAGAACCCUGGGGUUAUUAGUAAAACGAUUGGAGAAAGGUGGUAAAGCUGAACAAGAAAACCUUUUUCAUGAGAAUGAUUGCAUUGUCAGGAUUAAUGAUGGCGACCUUCGAAAUAGAAGAUUUGAACAAGCACAACAUAUGUUUCGCCAAGCCAUGCGGACAUCCAUCAUUUGGUUCCAUGUGGUUCCCGCAGCAAAUAAAGAGCAGUACGAACAACUGUCCCAAAGCGAGAGGAACAAUUACUAUUCGAGCCGCUUCAGCCCCGACAGCCAGCAUGUGGAUCACAGGAGUGUGAACAGUGCAGGGCCGCAGGCUCUGCCGAGGGUGCCCCGGCCGAACCCCCUGCCCGAGCACGCAGACCCUCACCCCCGACUCCUACCUCAGAGCGCACAGCCCUCGGGAAAGCCUCCCGCUGCUCCGGGCCCAGCCGUACACCACGUGUUCAGUCCCAGCAGUGGUUACAACACCAAAAAAGUAGGCAAGAAGCUUAACAUCCAGCUUAAGAAAGGUACAGAAGGUUUGGGAUUCAGCAUCACUUCCCGGGAUGUGACAAUAGGUGGCUCAGCUCCAAUUUAUGUGAAAAACAUCCUCCCACGAGGGGCUGCCAUCCAAGAUGGCCGACUGAAGGCGGGAGAUAGACUCAUAGAGGUAAAUGGAGUUGAUCUAGCAGGCAAAUCCCAGGAGGAAGUUGUUUCCCUGUUGAGAAGCACCAAGAUGGAGGGGACCGUGAGCCUUCUGGUCUUUCGCCAAGAAGAUGCCUUCCACCCAAGGGAACUGAAUGCAGAGCCAAGCCAGAUGCAGAUUCCAAAAGAAACGAAAGCAGAAGAUGAGGAUACUGUUCUCACACCUGAUGGCACCAGGGAAUUUCUGACGUUUGAAGUUCCACUGAAUGAUUCAGGAUCUGCUGGUCUUGGCGUCAGUGUCAAAGGUAACCGGUCAAAGGAGAACCACGCAGAUUUAGGAAUCUUCGUCAAGUCCAUUAUUAAUGGAGGAGCAGCAUCUAAAGAUGGGAGGCUUCGGGUGAAUGAUCAACUGAUAGCAGUGAAUGGAGAAUCCCUGUUGGGCAAGACAAACCAGGAUGCCAUGGAAACCCUCCGGAGGUCCAUGUCCACCGAAGGGAACAAGCGAGGAAUGAUCCAGCUUAUUGUGGCAAGGAGAAUAACCAAAGGCACCGAGCUCAAGUCACCUGGGAGCCCCUCUGGACCUGAGCUGCCCAUUGAAACGGUGUUGGAUGAUAGAGAACGAAGGAUUUCCCACUCCCUCUACAGCGGGCUUGAGGGGCUUCUUGAUGAGUCACCCACAAGAAAUGCUGUGCUCAGCAGGAUAAUGGGUGAGUCAGGUAAAUACCAGCUGUCCCCCACGGUGAAUAUGCCCCAAGACGACACUGUCAUUAUCGAGGAUGACAGGCUGCCAGUACUCCCCCCACAUCUCUCUGACCAGUCGUCUUCCAGCUCCCACGAUGAUGUAGGAUUUGUGACAACGGACACUGGCGCGUGGGCCAAGGCCGGCAUCAGUGAGUCAGCAGAGUGCUCUUUGAGUCCAGACGUCGAUCCAGUUCUUGCUUUUCAACGAGAGGGAUUUGGACGUCAGAGUAUGUCAGAAAAACGCACAAAGCAAUUUUCAGAUGCCAGUCAAUUGGAUUUCGUUAAAACGCGAAAAUCAAAAAGCAUGGAUUUAGGUAUAGCUGACGAGACUAAACUCAAUACAGUGGAUGACCAGAAAGCAGGUUCUCCCAGCAGAGAUGUGGGGCCUUCCUUGGGUCUGAAGAAGUCAAGCUCUUUAGAGAGUCUGCAGACAGCAGUCGCUGAGGUGACUUUGAAUGGGGACAUUCCUUUCCAUCGCCCGCGGCCGCGGAUAAUCCGAGGAAGGGGAUGCAAUGAAAGCUUCAGAGCUGCCAUUGACAAGUCCUAUGAUAAACCUGUGGCAGACGAUGACGAUGAAGGCAUGGAGACAUUGGAAGAAGACACGGAAGAAAGUUCCAGAUCAGGGAGAGAGUCUGUCUCCACAGCCAGCGACCAGCCUUCCCACUCUCUGGAGAGACAGAUGAAUGGAAACCAAGAGAGAGGCGAGAAGGCCGAUCGGAGGAAGGAGAAAAUGGGGAAAGAGAAGACGAAGGGCAGAGACAAGGAGAAGAUGAAAGCCAAGAAGGGGAAGCUGAGGGGCCUGGGAGACAUGUUCAGGAUUCAAGCGAAAACUCGAGAAUUUAGGGAGCGACAGGCUCGGGAGCGUGACUAUGCUGAAAUCCAAGAUUUUCAUCGGACAUUUGGCUGUGAUGAUGAGUUGAUGUACGGGGGAAUUUCUUCCUAUGAAGGUUCCAUGGCUCUCAGCACCAGACCCCAGAGCCCGAGAGAAGGGCAUAUGAUGGAUGCUUUGUAUGCCCAAGUGAAGAAGCCGCGGAAUUCCAAACCUUUACCUGCAGACAGCAACAGAUCAACUCCUAGCAACCAUGAUCGGAUACAGCGUCUCCGGCAAGAAUUUCAGCAAGCAAAGCAGGAUGAAGACGUGGAAGAUCGGAGACGUACCUAUAGCUUUGAACAACCCUGGCCCAACUCCAGACCGUCGGCGCAGAGCGGCCGGCACUCGGUGUCAGUGGAGGUGCAGAUGCAGCGGCAACGGCAGGAAGAACGCGAGAGCUUCCAGCAGGCCCAGCGCCAGUACAGCUCCCUGCCCCGGCAAAGCAGGAAAAAUGCCAGCUCCGUCUCCCAGGAUUCUUGGGAGCAAAACUAUUCCCCUGGGGAAGGCUUCCAGAGUGCCAAGGAGAACCCCAGGUAUUCCAGCUACCAAGGCUCCCGGAACGGCUACCUGGGCGGGCACGGCUUCAACGCCAGGGUCAUGCUGGAGACCCAGGAGCUCCUCCGCCAGGAGCAGAGGCGGAAGGAGCAGCAGAUGAAGAAGCAGCCCCCUCCCCCCGAGGGGCUCAACAACUAUGACUCAUAUAAAAAAGUCCAGGACCCCAGUCACAUCCCCCCCAAGGGGCCCUUCCGGCAGGACGUCCCCCCCUCCCCGUCUCAGGUCGCCAGGCUGAACAGACUCCAGACUCCUGAGAAAGGGAGACCCUUCUAUUCCUGAGACGAAGAGCAGACUCUUCGUGUCAUGCAAUAAAGGACAUUUUCCUAUGAAGACUUGUAUUUGGGGAGCUUUUUUGAAACCUCGGUGGUAGUAUGGAAUAUUUCUGUUGCUGGUGUUAGUGCCUUUAAGCAGUGUGGGCAAUUCGAUGGAAGGCCUUAAUGUCUUUGCCACUGUGUCCCAAGUGUCUGUUUCAUGGAAGGAUUUCCCGCCAUUUGACAAUCACCUGUUCGAGGCAUCGUACGCUCUGCAUCUCUCAGGUACUGGGAACCUGGCCCAGCCCGGGAGACGUCGUGGCUUCGUGUUACUGCCCCGUACAGCUUGUGGCAACAGAUUACCCUGAAGUCAAGAGUGACGCUGAUCCCUCUUUUUUCCCUUUAAGUUUCUUGGGUGAGGUGACAUCUCCAUCUCUGGUGCAUGAAAGUGGGUGACAUACACCAGAAAUUGGGACUCCAUGGUGCUUCCCGGCACAGUCAUUUUUAAUCCUUUGUAACCAGUAUGGUCUCCCUUUUCUCUCGCAGCCCCUUGCGACAAGAAAUUUCCUUCAUCUAAAAGAAGCUAAGCCAUAUUCCAACACUGUCUGUUUAUCAGGGGGGGUCCUUUUGUAACUGCCUUAUAACUCAGUGUUACCAAUAAAGUGAUUAUUCUGUCUGCGUGUAUAAAUACCCUUGCUCAAUCCUGACCCUCACAUGUCUGUUGAGUCACCAUGGCUCUGUGUGGGGAACAGGGGAGACAGGCGUCAGCCCUCGUGGGGCAGGG